AUGGGUUCAAUAAUAGCUAAAAGAGUUGGAACCGAUAUACUUAAAUUUAAUACAUUUGAAAAAGAAAUUCGAAUAUGUAUUUAUGAAGAAAUCACAAAUGGUCGAAAACUUACAGAAAUUAUUAAUCAACAACAUGAAAAUAUCAAAUAUUUACCUGGUCAUAAGCUUCCACAUAAUGUUAUAGCUUAUCUCGAUGUUGUUGAAACUGUAAAAGACGCUGAUAUAUUACUAUUUGUAAUACCACAUCAAUUUAUUGAACGAAUAUGUAAUGCAAUUAAAUCACAUGUAAAGAACAUUGCUUUUGCUAUAUCUUUCUUGAAAGCGUGUUUGUUUGUUUUUGCUUAUUCAAUUCAAUAG